CAGAGGUCGGUGCCGCGCUCUGGCAGCAGCUCCAGCCGGGGCCCCGGCCGCGGUGGCCGCCCGGCCCCUCUGAGCGGCACCCCGCGCGCAGGUGACCGCGGGCCGACAGGAUGGGUGUGCUGGAGCAGCAGAGCGGCUUCCUGCAGCGGUGCAGGGAGUCGCGCCGCCUGGUGCUCAUCAUUGUCGCCAUCGCACUCCUGCUCGACAACAUGCUGCUCACCACUGUCGUGCCCAUUAUGCCGGAGUUUCUGUACGUUCUCCACCACCGGAACGACAGCCCGGCCGCCGCCGCGGCGAACACACCCAGUUCGACGCCGCCACCGCCACCGGCGGCCACCACGGCCGCGCCAGAGACUUCAUCCAGCGCACCAGUGACGUCAGCGACGCUGGUGACCGGCUGCAACUGCACCCGCAGUCAGCUGGGGCUGCCGCCGGCCGGGGAGGAUCCCGGAGGAACGGCCGGUAACUGGUCCGUCUCAACGCUGCCUUCAACAACGGCCGAGACUACGACGCUGAGCGAGGAGCAGAUCAAGCACAAGGAGCUGGUGGAGGAGAACGUGGAGGUGGGCGUCAUGUUCGCCUCCAAGGCGGCCGUCCAGCUCGUCACCAACCCCUUCGUUGGACCACUCACCAACAGGAUCGGCUACAGCAUCCCGAUGUUCGCCGGGUUUGUCAUCAUGUUCCUCUCCACGCUGAUCUUCGCGUUCGGCCGGACCUACCCAGUUCUCUUCAUAGCCAGAGCGCUCCAGGGCGUGGGAUCAUCGUGCUCGAGCAUCUCAGGCAUGGGCAUGUUGGCUGAACGGUACCCGGACGACCAGGAGCGUGGUAACGCCAUGGGCAUCGCGCUGGGGGGCCUGGCCAUGGGCGUGCUGAUUGGGCCGCCCUUCGGCAGCUUCAUGCUCCAGUUUGUGGGCAAGACGGCACCGUUCAUCGUGCUGGCCGUGCUGGCACUCGGAGACGGACUGCUGCAGCUGCUGAUCCUGCAGCCGGGGAUCCGCAAGCGCCCAGAGGAAGCGCCUUCCCUGAAGCAGCUGAUCCAGGACCCCUACAUCGUCAUCUGCGCCGGGGCCAUCACCAUCGCCAACUCGGGGAUCGCCAUGCUGGAGCCGUCGCUGCCCAUCUACAUGAUGGACACGAUGAAAGCGGACAAGUGGCAGCUGGGCGCCAUCUUCCUGCCGGCCUCCAUUUCCUACUUGAUCGGCACAAACCUGUUCGGCCCGCUGGGACACCGAGUCGGCCGCUGGCUUGCCUCGCUCGUCGGCCUCGUCAUCAUCGCCGUCUGCCUCGCUUGCAUCCCGCUGGCCGUCAGCAUCAACCACCUGAUCGUGCCGAACGCCGGCCUCGGCUUCGCCAUCGGCAUGGUGGACUCUAGCAUGAUGCCGCAGCUCGGCUACCUGGUGGACAUCCGCCACGCCGCCGUCUACGGCAGCGUCUACAGCAUCGGCGACGUCGCCUUCUGCCUCGGAUUCGCAGUCGGUCCCGCUCUCAGCGGCACGCUGGUUAAGUCCAUCGGCUUCAACUGGAUGCUGUACGGCAUCGCGUUCAUCACGCUGCUGUACGCGCCGCUGCUCGUCUUCGUCCGGAAUCCACCCACUCGACAGCCAGAGAAAGAGUCACUCUACAACGACAAGUCCUCUGUGCGCUACGUCACAUACCAGAACGAAGAGGACGAAUGAUAUCCGUGAGCUGCGGGGGCCGCGCGACCGGCGCGCCCCGC